CAGCCACUCAAUCUCUCUCUCGGUCGCCGACCGCCCAAUCUCUCUCUUUCUCUCAACCGCUCAAUCUCUCACUUUAGGUAUUAUUCUUAAAUCUCAAUCUAGAAUUUUUGUGUUGUUGGGUUGGGUUUUGCUCUGUUGUUACUUUGAUUUCUUCAAUCUCAAUUGUCUUUGAUUUCUUCAAACUGAUUUUGAAAAUAAAUUAGGUUUUGAUGUGUUCUGUUGUUUGCUCUGUUUUGAAGAUAAAUCAUAAACUGAUUUCUUCAAACUGUUUAUUAAGUUUUGAUGUAUAAUCACUUAAAAACAUAAAACACAUUUUGUAAAGAGUAUAAACACAUUUUGUAAACUGUGAAGAGUAUUAAUUUUUAAAUUCAGUUUCUGGUUCUGUAACUCUGUUAUUAUAUUUUGAUUGUUCACUUCAAAGUUUAAGAUUUCUGCAACUUUUAUUUCAGAGAUGAUGAGGUUUUUGGUUCCUAGAGCAAGUAUUGAGAAUGUGAAUGUUGUGCAAUCGGAAGCCGAAGUAGAAGAACCACCACCUAAUGUGGUCAAUGAGUUUAAUUCAAAUGAGAUUGUGCGUGAUCCGGGUCUUAGGAAACAAAUUCAUGAGUAUUCUCCGGAUAUUCAAGACCAAGUGAGGAGGGCAUAUAUAUUGAAGGGUCCAACACAACCAAUUUUGGAAAAAUUUCCUCGCACUCAAUUUGCUAGAGAACCAAGAACAAGGGCAUUUUGUAAAUCAUGGUAUGAAAAGUAUACAUGGAUAGAAUAUAGUGAGUUCAAGGAUGCAGCUUAUUGUUUCCAUUGCUUUCUCUUUAAGAAACCCGGGAGGAGUGAGCAAUUUGGUUUUGAAGUCUUCACCAAAUCCGGAUAUAAAGAUUGGAAGCAUGCAUCUAAAGGCUUGCAAGGUCAUGUUGGUGGUCAUGGUAGUAUGCACAACUCGUGUAUGAAGGACUAUGAUGAUUAUAAUAAUCAAAGACAAAGUAUAGGGGCUAAGUUUCUUAGAGCAACUAGAGAAUCUGAAGAAUUGUAUAAGAUUCGUUUGACUUGUUCCUUAGAUUGUUCAAGAUAUCUCAUAGCACAAGGCAUGGCUUUCCGUGGCCAUGAUGAAUCCGUUACUUCUCUAAACAAGGGCAAUUUUAGAGAGAUGGUAGAUUGGGUAAAAUCUAAUGAUGAAAAAGUGAGAGAUGCUUAUGACCGUGGUUCAAAUGAUUGCAAAAUGAUUUGCGGUGACAUUCAAAAGGACUUUGCAACGUCUUGUGCAGCUGAAGUUAUGAAGGUGAUUAUGGGAGAGCUUGGUGAUAGACAAUUCUCCGUGCUUAUUGAUGAGUCACGUGAUAUAUCCGUCAAAGAGCAAAUGGCGGUGAUGUUUAGGUUUGUGAACGACAAAGGGGAAGUUGUGGAACGAUUCCUUGCUCUACAGAGGGAGAUAUUCAAGUCACUUGAUGAUAUUGAUAUUAUCCGAUCCUUCACCGCAAAGAAGUCUCGGAAAGGGCAUUUACCUCCUAAUUUUAUGUAG